GAGUUCCAAUGUGACUCAUAAUGGGUUAGCUUUUAACUCAACUCCACUUCACUUCAUUGCUCUAUAAAUGCACCUUCUCUCACUCUCUCUCUCUCUCUCUUGUUCUCACUAUUAUAUACUUGAAACCUCCUCACCUUUCUUACUCUCUCUUAUAUACAUUGCUCCAUUUUCUCCCUCGUCUUUACUGUUUAUCUUCAUGUUCUCUUUGUUGGUCAUCAGAUUUUAUGACUGUCAAGUUGCCAAUUCUUAGACUUCUUAUGGAGAAAUUCAAGCCAAACACAUCGAUCAAUUCUUUUUCUCCAAGAAGUACGAUCUCAUUUUUUGAUCAGUUUUCUACUCUAGUAUCUUGUAUACAUGGUAGUAUCAUGUUGACAGGAGUCAAUCCAGCUAAUCACAAUAGAUUCUAUGAUUUCGGGGACUAUGCAUUUUCAGGGCUAAACAUAACCCCAGCACAAUACGAUAACAUCCACAACGCCAUCUACGGCUCAGACGAAUUCCGUAUGUACGCCUACAAGAUCAGACGCUGCACAAGAACCCGCAGCCAUGACUGGACGGAGUGCCCCUAUGCCCACCGUGGCGAGAAAGCUACCCGACGUGACCCUCGAAAGGUAUACUACGCGGCAAUCGCCUGCCCUGCAUUCCGUAACGGCAAAUGCCAUAGAGGAGACACAUGCGAGUUCGCGCACGGUGUUUUUGAGUACUGGUUGCAUCCUGCACGAUACCGUACACGUGCAUGCAAUGCGGGGCGUUUUUGCCAACGUAAGGUUUGUUUCUUUGCUCACACUCCUGACCAGCUCAGGUCCGAGAAGAAAUAUCCCUGUCCUUUUGUGUACAGGGCACGGAUGGACGGUAGAGAUGGGAUGUCGGGGUUUGGAUCGGGCGGUGAUCAGGGUGCCACGUCCACACCGGCGCCUGUCAGGAUGGAUGGUAGGAGCUGUUAUGAAGGGGUCUCAGAGCUGUUGAUUAGUAGUUUGAGGAAUUUGAAGGUUAGGGUUGAUUUUGAUGAUGAGGAUGAAGAAGAUGGGAAGAUUAGUGGUGGCAUUGAUGGAUCUGAAGAUGUUUUGCCUCAUCUUGAUUGGAUAUCGGAGCUGGUUAAGUGAAUUAAUUAUGUGAUUCCUUGAAUAAGAGAAAAGAGUUAUUUUUGUACAAUUUUUAUUAGACAAUUCGCGGGUUAUGAAUAUGUUUACGGUAAUUAUAUAUGUAUGUUUUGUGAGUAAAGAUUGCUUACUUUGCAAUGAAGUUGUUAAUUUUUUGUUUUUUCUUAA